AUGGUAGCAGUUGAGCAGGAUCUUUCGACACAGCACCGUGAAAAGAAUGAAUUGGGAGAAUUUGAGCUGGGCCUUCUCUUCGCAGAGGGAAGCAACGAUCCGCAUGACCAGAGGAACGAGCAAGGUGCGCGCCGAUUCUUCUUCGCCCCCAAACAGGAACGGCUCCACCUCGACUUGAGCGCGCUCCUCUUUGCUAAAGCGUAUACUCGCGGAUUGUUUGUAGACCACCUCGAUGUCCUUCUCAGCAAGGAUGCAGAUCGAUUUCCCGCAACCAGGCCGAAAGUGGCCAAGCAGGCUGUACUCGUUGCGGCAACUACCGAGUGUGAGCUCAUCGUCGAACAGGAGAUGCGAUCAAAGGCCCUUACCAGGAAGCUUCAGCAGUUUUGCCUCUCUAUCGGCAUUCUCUGUUACGUCUCAAUGAACGCGUUCAGACGACAAGCUGCACAAGAAGCCAAGAGUAUGCACUCGACUGAAGCGGCCAUGGCACUGCUCGAUCAUGCCCCCACCAACCUAACCACGGUGCUCAACUACAACCACCACGGUUUUGGGAGGCGAGACGUAACCUCCUUUAGACUGGGCGGUGUGGGGCUCACGAGCGCGUCGAUUCGCAAGUUCUUUUCGCCGUCGAACAGACUGAUGACGUUUACCGAUCUCGUGGGCCUGCAGUGGAGUAGGAACGCAUCAGCAGAAUCAUCAGGCCGGUCGCUAAGAGAGGAGAUCGACGCACGUGCACGCCAGCUCAUCACAUCAGACCCACAGUACGAGAGGAUCGAAGCCGAACUCCACAACAUCCUCGAACAAACGCACGAGACGCUUCAAGCCCACGGCCACCUCCCCCACGACGAACCAUACCAGACAACAGCCAAGAACGUCGUAAGGUACAGAGCGCUGACAGACAGUGCCACCCAGCCUGAUCUGGUGGAGAUAAGGAAGAAGCUCGAAGAGCACCUCAUCCUGCGCAAAUACGAGCGGAGGGGUAUUACUCAACACGCGAAAGACAAAUUGCGCAAGACACUGCAAGAGGAUAUGUCGGGGCGCAGCCAACAGAUGGCCAGGCGAUACCAACCCUAG